AUGGCUACUACUGCUGGAGAGGUGGUUUAUCGCCAAGGAUAUGAUGAUGAUAACUCCGACGUAUGGGAUGAUAGUGCUCUAAUCAAGGCUUAUGAUGAAGCAAUUACAUCAAUGCGCGAAGGUAAACUACCAGAAAAUAAAAAAAAUAGGAAGUCCAAAAAAUCAAAAUCAAAGUCACCACGUAAUAAGGUUUCACAACUUAGAAAGGGGUGCAAGUGUAAAUUCUUUUAUGAAAAUGAAGUCAGAGUUGGAGAAGUUACCUCAGUAGAUGAAAGCUCAGGAAUAUGCGAAGUUGUGUACGGACAAGAUGGAGAAAAUAGUGUGGAAUUAUUACUUGACCAAGAAGAAGAAAAUCAAGAUAGAGAGGAAGAAUAUACCGAGGAAGCGUAUAAUAUAGAUUACAGCAAUCAAUUUGCAGAUUAUUAUCAACAGCCUAACAAUUAUCCCUCUGGUAAUUUUCCACAAGACCGUACAGCCAAAAAUAGUCAUUGGAAUAGGGCCUCUUAUCAUCAGUCUAAUUAUCCAAAUUAUGGAGCGAAUAACUUCUAUCCGAAUGCAUAUUAUCCGCCACCACCACCACCACCCGUACCUCCGAUGCACAUGCAACCUCCUUUUCAAAUGCCUCCAUUUGGACAUCCGGGUAUGUCAGCAUCUGCUGUUCCCCCGCUUCCUCCGCAACCACCGCCAUUAUCAAGUGAUGACAUAAAUGAUGAACUUCUUUCCAACCUAAUCAUGUCCUGGUAUAUGGCUGGCUAUCGCACUGGAUAUUAUCAGGCCAUUAGGAAAGCUAAGGAUAAAUCCAAGAAGAAAUGA